UUCUGCAUCGACAUGAAGCCCUGGAGAGGAACGGUGUCUUCCCAGCGGCAGCAAUGGCACGUCCAGCUCAAAGAACAGCACCACAACUUUACCAACACCUCCAUAGAACAGGUGGCUGACCCCCUUGAGGCCGUCAUGACCAAGACAGGUAACCUGUGGCAGUACCUGAGGAGGAGCGGCCUGUCGGUGCGUCAGGAGCUCUUCCUUCCCAGGCUAGUCUUCCUCGCCCCAGACUGCCAGCUGGAUGAAGAGUUGAGGAAGAGGAGGGAGCUGGUCUCCCACAGUCAAAUAGAUGAGUUCCUCCGCUCCUUCAGAGAGGGCUAUGUAGCUUGGAUAUCAGAUGCCCUGACUCCUGCCUGGCUGUCUGGUCACCUGUCGUACGGUCAGAUAGGGGAGCUGAAACGAGUGGUGAGGAGAAUGGGGACCUGGGACCUGGUCAGACUACAGGGAGGAGAGCAGCUCAAGGGAGACUUCCGGAGCUGUCCUUACAUCGCUCUGAACCGCCAGGAGACCGACACCAUGGAGUUCUUCAAGAUCAAAACGCUGUCUGCUAAUUCGCUGUGGGCUCUGCUGGGACACGCCCCUCAGGGGUUCCCGGGUGGCUCAGGGGUUCCCGGGUGGCUCAGGGGUUCCCGGGUGGCUCAGGGGUUCCCGGGUGGCUCAGGGGUUCCCGGGUGGCUCAGGGGUUCCCGGGUGGCUCAGGGGUCUUAG